AUGGCGGCAGAUGGAGGAGGAAACCCAGGUUUAACGGAGAUAUUGGAGAGGCUGAAAACUAUGCAAAGAGCUAAUGAGGCUUUGCAAACUCAGGUCGCGGAGUUAACGCGUGGCAAGUUGGAUCAUCAAGGAUCUGAUCGUCACACCACGGCGGCGGUCGUCAAUUUCCAACCCUUUUCUGAUGAGAUCGUGGCGGAGGAGAUCCCCGAACAGGUUAAGACACUCGUUUUGGAUCCUUAUUCUGGAGCCACAGAUCCGAAGGAGCAUCUGGUUUACUUCAACACACGGAUGGUAAUCGCUGGGGUGAAUGAUGCGGUCAAGUAUAAGCUUCUCCCCUCCACGUUCAAGAAAUCUGCCAUGAUGUGGUUCACCACCCUUCCCCCAGGAUCAAUCGCAGAUUUCACGGAGUUCUCGACGCGAUUCUUGUCUCAAUUCUCGGCGAGUAGAUCAGAGCAAGCCACAAUAGCAGCUUUGCUGGCAGUGAAUCAGCGGGAGAAUGAAUCGAUCAAGAGCUACAUGACACGAUUCAAUGACUUAUCAGUACACUUGGAGGACUCAGUGCCAUCGGUCUGCGUGGCAACUUUCAAGAAUGGACUUAGGGAAGGACCUUUGAAUGGAAAUUUGACGAGGCAUCCAGCGACCUCCAUGGCAGAGAUUAGGGCGCGAGCUCGAAGUUAUAUCCUCGAGGAGGAGGGCAACCGUCAGAAGCAGAAGAUGGAUGGUUCCUCAUCUUAG